CUGGCCGUGUUUGGUGUGAACCAAGGGGCAACUCUCCACCGCACCAGUGCGCGUGUGCGUUCAGGGACCUCGGCUAGCCUCAGAUCUCCGGAGUGCGGUCAGCGGGCGGGUGACUCUUGAUCACCAGUUAUAAAGCGUGCUGACUCGGAAAAGAGGGGCUUGACUGGAGCAAAGGUUGAGAGCUAAAGCACAGGAAAGGAAGGAAAAGCAACCGAGGCCGAAGGGAAAGAAGCUGGGGAGAACCCAGCUUGGUGAGCCACUGAGAAGAAGGCUUCAACCGCGGAAAAUCGGGCGAGAGCUCAGAGGUGUGGAACUCAGAGCCGCCAGCGGUGCGAUCCGCAGGGCUGGGUCUCCUAGCACCUUGGGUCACGCCUCCUUGGCGAGAAGGCGCCUGGCCUUUGAUUGCUUCCAGGGACUGCAGAACUUCCUGCCCGCCAGAGGAGCGGGUCUCUCUGGGGUCGCGUUUGCUCCCUGCUGGAGGGUCGAGACUGAGUUCUAAAAGUUCUGGGUGCCUGCCUGGUCCAAGAAGGGCUGGGGGAACGGUGUCUGUGAGGAGCCCACGAGCCCCACGUCAGGGGUUGAGUGUUGGCGUCCUCCCUCUCCUGGCAUUCACAUCUCGGGGCUCCACCCCACCACGGGAACCCCUCACCCGGAGAUGGCCGCAUUGAUGCGGGGCAAGGAUUCAUCCCGAUGCCUACUCCUACUGGCCGCGGUGCUGAUGGUGGAGAGCUCACAGCUAGGCAGCUCGCGGGCCAAACUCAACUCCAUCAAGUCCUCUCUGGGAGGGGAGACUCCUGCUCAGGCUGCCAAUCGAUCUGCGGGCAUGAACCAAGGACUGGCGUUCGGCGGCAGUAAGAAGGGCAAAAGCCUGGGGCAGGCCUACCCUUGCAGCAGUGAUAAGGAAUGCGAAGUUGGAAGAUACUGUCACAGUCCCCACCAAGGAUCAUCAGCCUGUAUGGUGUGUCGGAGGAAAAAGAAACGAUGCCAUAGAGAUGGCAUGUGUUGCCCUGGAACCCGCUGCAAUAAUGGUAUUUGCAUCCCAGUCACUGAAAGCAUCCUGACCCCUCAUAUUCCAGCUCUGGAGGGCACUCGGCAUAGAGAACGGAACCAUGGUCACUAUUCCAACCAUGACCUGGGAUGGCAGAAUCUAGGAAGGCCACACACCAAGAUGUCUCAUAUAAAAGGACACGAAGGAGACCCCUGUCUGAGAUCAUCAGAUUGCAUUGAUGGAUUUUGCUGUGCUCGCCACUUCUGGACCAAAAUCUGCAAACCUGUGCUCCAUCAGGGGGAAGUCUGUACCAAACAACGCAAGAAAGGUUCUCAUGGGCUGGAGAUUUUCCAGAGGUGUGACUGUGCAAAAGGCCUGUCCUGCAAAGUGUGGAAAGAUGCUACCUACUCCUCCAAAGCCAGACUCCACGUGUGCCAGAAGAUCUGACAGACACUGGGAGAGUUAGCCCUAUCAGACUGUGAAUUUGUGUAUUUAAUGCAUUAUGGCAUGAUGGAAAAAUCCAGUUUGGAAUGCAGAAGAACGAGGAAUGUGUUAAGAAUUUGGAGCACAAGGGAGAGCUGGGACUGAAUGAAGUAGAUAGAGACAGUGAAAACCAAAGCACAACCAGUGUUUCCAUUAUGCAACUUGUUUAUGUAAAUAAUGUACACAUUUGUGAAAAUGCUAUUAUAAAAGAAAGCACACCACAGAAAUUACAGACAAAUGCCAUGGGAUUUUCCAAGAGUUUAGCUUGAGCUAGAGGGAUCAUUUCCUUCAGAUUGGAAGUGGCUAUAAAAAUAACCUAAAGCCAUAUUUCUGCUCAAAGUUGUAGUUUAAUAAAUUAUUCUCACUGUCCCUUGACAUAAGAUAAUUUCUAAAACAUGGGAAAGAAGAUAAACAGGAAGUGAAAAUAUACAACAUCAUUAAUUUGCAUCACGAAAAAACUUUUAAUUUGGAACUCUGUUUUGACUUCUCAAAUAAAGGCCUUUGUAGACAAGAGAAAAAGGCAAUCGAUAUUUCCCAUAUCACUUCAAGAUACUGGCAUGUCUUUUAGACAUUAGAAAAACAUAAACAUGUCUCCUCACACCACUCAUUUCUUUUCUCAAAAUCUUAAUUUUGCCUGAAUUAAUAAAGACAUAUGUAAGACAAAAACAGAUCCUGCAUUGUGAAGGAAUGGCAUUGUGAUCAAUGUAUGCCUAUCUGAGCUAUUAAUUGUGUGAUACAAGCACAGGGUAGAAUUUUCACAGAUUGCAAAAACAUUAAAGAUGUCCAGCACAUGUGGGGAACUGAAUAAUGGAGUAAGCACUAUUUUGCCAAAGCUUUGACAUACCCUAUAUGUGAUAGAACUAGACUGCUAAAUGCAUUUAUCUUUGCAUAGCUGGAGACCAGUAGGGUGAGGCUGACACUAGGGACUUGAAUGAUAUUUGUACUGUGUGGAGCACAGCAGGGAAGUAGAGGAAACCUCAUCAUUUUUCCAGGCUUUAAUUUUUACAUGGCUGAAGCACAGGCUGAAUUUGUAUGGCUGACACUGGAGGCUCCACAAGCAAACUCAAAGCUCUCCAUGGGGCUUGUUCUCCUCAUGAUACUUACCAUGCAAAUGAGUUCAGUGCAGUGAAACUUGCCUUCCCUAGCCUCAAAAUAUUUCACAGUUUUGAGGUUGUAAAAUUUAAUAUGAGAGGCCCUUAAAGAGUGGGUUCUCUUAAGCCACGUAAUAAAGAACCAAUGUCUUCCCUAAGCUUUGAACUGAUGAUGCUUUCAGAAGUUUCUGUACUAGCCUCUCAGUAGAAUUUCAUUACCAAAGACAUAGUUCCUAUUUUCUGUGACUAUUGAGAGAGUUAAAAAGCAAUAACAAGUGAAAUAAACAUAUCUCCAAUCUAUAGAAAUUCUCUGAAACCAUUUUUACUACUUUCUGACUUAACACAGUUCUAAAUAUUAUGUCUAGAGCACAGAAGGCCAAAAUAAAUGUAAGGUUAUCAUGCCAUCACUUAAGGUCUUGUAGACCCACAUCACUUUCUUGCUUUACUUAAAUCCCAUGUGCAGUCUCAAAGUACAACCCCUUAGGAGUUUCAGGUUCCAACAUGCAUUUUGCCAGGAUGAUGAUGAUUUGUGCUCCACAUAUGUAUCCUAGAGCAAAAAUUCAUAAGCUAAUGUAUCCAAAAGCCAAAAUUUGUUAUAUGAGCUUAGUGAGGUAAAAAUGGAGUAUUUUGGUCAGAAUUUCCUCCAUAGCAAUGACACAAUCUAGUUUCCACAUUAUUUCCCUUAUAUUCACCCUCUCAAAAUUUAUUAUUUGAAAUAAUUUAUUUACAGGAAAUGUUAAUGAGAUGUAUUUUCUUAUAGAGAUGUUUCUUACAGAAAGCUUUGUAGCAGAAUAUAUUUGCAGCUGUCGACUUUGUA